UAUCAAACCUGGGUAAGCCAGCCCUCGAUCACACGGAAGGGCUUUCACCAGCAGCCCCAGCACACACAAACACAUACACAUACAGACUCAGCACCGCUCCCCUCACACAUACAGCAAAGAGUGGAGGCAGCAGGCAGGAUUUCUGUGUCAUCAUCACCAGCACCAGCGAUUCACAAUGAGACUCUGUGUGAGCACCAAGGGAAGGACCAACACAGGUAGACAACUCCCUCAGACAACUCACUCAACAGGUCAAACUUAACGAACCUGACCUAUGACCUCUGCCCAGAAAAAUAGAUGCACUCCCACUAACCAUUUGAAACACAAAACACAUGAGAGGGAGCGAACACAGCAGACAUGAAAAAGAUAUAUAUCGGCAAAACGGCCCUAAAAGUCUCCCGAAAUGGCAGUAAACAUCAGAAAAAGAGCUCUUUGCAGGAACAGAAAGAGGACCUCCGAAAGCGUCUGUCCUACACCACCCACAAGCUGGAGCUGCUAGAGAGCGAGUUUGACUCCACCCGACAGUACCUGGAGACAGAGCUACGCCGUGCCCAGGAGGAACUCGACAAGUUCACCGACAAACUACGCAGAAUACAAAGCAGCUACUCAGCACUGCAGAGGAUCAACCAGGACCUGGAGGAUAAGAUCCAUAGAAAUUCUCAGCACCAUGACAACGAGAAGAGAGCCCUGAGCAGAGAGAUCAUCGUGCUCAACAACCACCUGAUGGAGGCCAAGCUGACCAUUGAAAAACUACAAGAGGACAAUGACCUGUACAGGAAGGACUGUAACCUGGCCGCCCAGCUGCUCCAGUGCAACAAGUCCCAUUAUAGGACACAGCUUUCUGAGUUGCCUGCUGAAUUCCAGGAACGAGUGACCAUGCACAUGGAUGGCUCACCUCUUUGCCACACCGUCUACGCUGACUCCGUCCCCGCCUCCGUCAUCGCCAAGGUAUUGGAGAAGCCCGACGAGGCCUGCAGCGGCAGCCAAGCUUCCAGUUCGCCUAGCCCCCAGCCCCAGGACCAAGGCUUCCUCCUGGACACCCUGGACAGAGACGAGCGCCUGGGCCUCCGGGCAGCAUACAAGUCAGACCUGUACAGCAGUGACACAGCCCUCUAUUGCCCGGUCGAUCAGAACCGCGAACGCAGGCCAAGCAUGGACGUCCACAGCCAGAGGAAGCUGCUCUACGGCCCCCAGAUCUCCACGGACAGUAACCCAGAGGAGGGUACCUUGUUGGGGCUGAGGUCUGGCUUCUCCCAGGAGUGCUUCGCCAAGUUCCCCACCUCUCUGGGCCCCGCCUCAGGCAGCUCCUACUCCAGCUUCAGCGGAGGGGGCUCAGAUGACAACAAAGGCAAUGGCCCUCCCAGCAGCACAGCCUCCUCUCCCCACCACCACUCCCUCUACAUGGACUGGAGGGAUGGGGGAGACUAUGAGAGGAAGAGCGACUCCUCCUGGGAGAAGGACAGUCCCAGCGGUGGAGGCUUCGCUAAGGUCCACGCUGUCUUCCAGCAGGCCGGCGAUCAUGGUGGAGCACACCACCAGAACGGCAGCUCACCCGUCUACAGCCGCACCAUGUCCUCGUGCUUCAGUGAGCCCUACGAACCCCUCCCUCCCUCCUCCUCACCAAGCGUUGCCUACGGAGACAGCCGCCGCGGCAGCACACUGGCACCUGAGGAGGAGGAGCCGAUUGGCCGCUGGAGACAGCUGAGCGCGGAGGAUCUAAACUCCCACUCGUACUGCUCGCCCGGUCGGGCCUCGCCCUACAGCUUCUCUGAGCAGCACUUCUCAGUUCGGCCCGCCAAGAUCCGCCUUGGACCCCUCUACAGCAGCUUCCAGGAGGGGCCCGACUACUACCAGGGAGGGGUAGGACCCAUCAUGGACCCCCCGGUGUGCUUCUCCACACCCAGCCCCGAGUGCAGCCCUGUGGGGGGCCUCCGUCAGUCCCAUCAGUCCCACAACCAGCAGGCCCACCAGACCUACCGGGCCAAGGAGGACAGCCAGGAGUCGGAGCACAUACUUUACCACUCAGGGAGCCCCGAAAACAGGGAGGGCAGCUUUGAUGUGGCGGGGGCCGGGGGAGGAGUUGGAGGAGCGGGACAGACCAAGGAGUACGUGGACAUCAGCCCCAACAGCUCCAAUGAGUCCCUAAACCAGAGGUCCCUGGAGAUGGCUGCCGAACUGCAGCAGCACUACCAGUCCGAGAUGGAGCCCCCUUCGCCCCCCCAGGGCAGUCCACCACCGCCCCCGCCACCUCCUUGUCCCCCUCCACCGCAGUAUCACAAUUUUGGCACAUUGGGACUUUCGAGAAAGGACAGUCUCACCAAAGCCCAGCUGUAUGGAACACUUCUGAACUGAGAGAAGAAGGUAUUCUGACUUACUGGUCUCUCUCUUUUUAUCCAUCUCUUUCCCUGGUGGGAUGUGAGGUAAGAAGUCUUGGUGAAUCUAGCAAAACAUAUUGAUUAGUGUGAGGCUAGCCAGUUGUUCAGUUUAAGGACAUCCAUUUUGAAAGGACAGUUGGAAGAUACAGUAAUUAAGCAUGAAUUUAUCAGAUUGUUGCCACAGCUGUGAAAAACUGACAAACUAGUGGUUCGCAUCACUACAAUGAAUGUGUAAGUUUGUCUGGGUCAGGUGAAUUGACAAUUCAUUACUGUGCCAAAUGAGUGGGGACUAUUGGAAAAUACUUUGCUACCUUUGGUACAUUUGGUACAUGAAAUAGUCUUUGGAGGUACCAGAGACCAGUUGUUCCAUGUGCUGUACACAAAGCACAGUGAGCUUGUAGACAAAGGAAACAUUUAAAGUAACUGUUGAAAUAUAUUAAUAUAUUUAAUUACAACAUCAAAAAUGUAAUAGAAAUGACUACAAUUCAAUCAGGUGUGGGCAGCAACACAUUGUAAAUAUGUCUGGUUAAGAGCAUCUACCAAUCAAAGAGAGAUACUUGGGGCUCUAUUCAAUCUUUAAAUAUUCCGCCAUAGAAAUGUAAAGGUGAAUUCCGAUUGACCCGACAAAUGCAGCGUUUAGCGUGAAUUCAGCCUCCCUUAAAGAGAGAACAUUGCCUUUAAAUUUCAAUCACGCUUUAAAGCUGAACUUCCGCAAUGUGGAUUGAAUAGAGUCCUUAGAAUGUUGAAGAUUCAGAGGACUGUCUAAACUACAAUUAUAGAUUUGUUUAUUGUCAAUCACAGGCUGAAAACUGUGCUGCAUUUAUGCAGAGUAAAAUAUGUAUGACCAAUGGAGUAUCCUGGUAAACGUUUGCAGUACUAUACAGUAAAGGUCCUGGGGAAUGGGUUAAAGUUGUAGAACUAUACCAUAAAGGGCCUGGGGAAUGGGUUAAAGUUGUAGAACUUUACCAUAAAGGUCCUGGGGAAUGGGUUAAAGUUGCAGCACUAUACUGUAAAGGUCCUGGGGAAUGGGUUAAGUUGCAGCACUAUACUGUAAAGGUCCUGGGGAAUGGGUUAAAGUUGCAGCACUAUACUGUAAAGGGCCUGGGGAAUGGGUUAAGUUGCAGCACUAUACAGUAAAGGUCCUGGGGAAUGGGUUAAGUUGCAGCACUAUACUGUAAAGGUCCUGGGGAAUGGGUUAAGUUGCAGCACUAUACUGUAAAGGUCCUGGGGAAUGGGUUAAGUUGCAGCACUAUACUGUAAAGGGCCUGGGGAAUGGGUUAAGUUGCACCACUAUACUGUAAAGGUCCUGGGGAAUGGGUUAAAGUUGCAGCACUAUACAGUAAAGGUCCUGGCGAAUGGGUUAAAGUUGCAGUACUAUACUGUAAAGGUCCUGGAGAAUGGGUUAAAGUUGCAGCACUAUACUGUAAAGGUCCUGGGGAAUGGGUUAAGUUGCAGCACUAUACAGUAAAGGUCCUGGGGAAUGGGUUAAAGUUGCAGCACUAUACUGUAAAGGUCCUGGGGAAUGGGUUAAGUUGCAGCACUAUACAGUAAAGGUCCUGGGGAAUGGGUUAAGUUGCAGCACUAUACUGUAAAGGUCCUGGGGAAUGGGUUAAAGUUGCAGCACUAUACAGUAAAGGUCCUGGGGAAUGGGUUAAAGUUGCAGUACUAUACUGUAAAGGUCCUGGAGAAUGGGUUAAAGUUGCAGCACUAUACAGUAAAGGUCCUGGGGAAUGGGUUAAAGUUGCAGCACUAUACUGUAAAGGUCCUGGGGAAUGGGUUAAGUUGCAGCACUAUACAGUAAAGGUCCUGGGGAAUGGGUUAAGUUGCAGCACUAUACAGUAAAGGUCCUGGGGAAUGGGUUAAGUUGCAGCACUAUACAGUAAAGGUCCUGGGGAAUGGGUUAAAGUUGCAGCACUAUACAGUAAAGGUCCUGGCGAAUGGGUUAAAGUUGCAGUACUAUACUGUAAAGGUCCUGGAGAAUGGGUUAAAGUUGCAGCACUAUACUGUAAAGGUCCUGGGGAAUGGGUUAAGUUGCAGCACUAUACAGUAAAGGUCCUGGGGAAUGGGUUAAAGUUGCAGCACUAUACUGUAAAGGUCCUGGGGAAUGGGUUAAGUUGCAGCACUAUACAGUAAAGGUCCUGGGGAAUGGGUUAAGUUGCAGCACUAUACUGUAAAGGUCCUGGGGAAUGGGUUAAAGUUGCAGCACUAUACAGUAAAGGUCCUGGGGAAUGGGUUAAAGUUGCAGUACUAUACUGUAAAGGUCCUGGAGAAUGGGUUAAAGUUGCAGCACUAUACAGUAAAGGUCCUGGGGAAUGGGUUAAAGUUGCAGCACUAUACAGUAAAGGUCCUGGGGAAUGGGUUAAAGUUGCAGCACUAUACUGUAAAGGUCCUGGGGAAUGGGUUAAAGUUGCAGCACUAUACUGUAAAGGUCCUGGGGAAUGGGUUAAAGUUGCAGCACUAUACAGUAAAGGUCCUGGGGAAUGGGUUAAAGUUGCAGCACUAUACUGUAAAGGUCCUGGGGAAUGGGUUAAAGUUGCAGCACUAUACUGUAAAGGUCCUGGGGAAUGGGUUAAGUUGCAGCACUAUACUGUAAAGGUCCUGGGGAAUGGGUUAAAGUUGCAGCACUAUACAGUAAAGGUCCUGGGGAAUGGGUUAAAGUUGCAGCACUAUACAGUAAAGGUCCUGGGGAAUGGAUUAAAGUUGCAGCCGUAUACAAUAAAGGGCCUGGGGAAUGGGUUAAAGUUGCAGGCGUAUACAGUAAAGGUCCUGGGGAAUGGGUUAAGUUGCAGCACUAUACAGUAAACGUCCUGGGGAAUGGGUUAAAGUUGCAGCCGUAUACAAUAAAGGGCCUGGGGAAUGGGUUAAAGUUGCAGGCGUAUACAGUAAAGGUCCUGGGGAAUGGGUUAAAGUUGCAGCACUAUACAGUAAAGGUCCUGGGGAAUGGGUUAAAGUUGCAGCACUAUACAGUAAAGGUCCUGGGGAAUGGGUUAAAGUUGCAGUACUAGGUGUUUUUACAAAAACAUAUAGAUGCCCCUAGGCUGAAUCCAUUUCAGUGCAGCUCUGUCCACUCAUUCAGUUUUUGCUUUGACAUGAUUUUAACAUACCCAGAGCACUUAAAGAGACCGUUCAAUGUAGGUAUUACUUUGUUAACAAUGGACUUCUAUUGAGAUGUAACAUUUGUCCUACCCGUUGAUACUAUUUUUUUCUCUAUAACCUUUGGAUAAGUUUUCCUGUCCCACUCUACCUCAGAUUCUCAUUCUCACACCCCCCCAUCAAGCAACUGCAUGCUUGUUACUAUCACAUCAUUAUGCAUGUUUCUAUAUUUCUGUUGUGUUUCCUUUAACCUAAUAAAGCACAAACUACGCAUUUUGAUGCGCCAA